AUGUUAAUUUCUCGAGUUGAGGAAGGACAGUGGGACGAGUUACUGUCUGAUGUGCAAAAACAGAUCAACAACAGUGAGUCUAAGGUGACGAAGUUAACACCAUUUGAAAUGCUGCACGGGUAUAGACCACGGUUUGAGUUAGGUCGAUUAAGAGACCUUUCAACUACUAGCGAAGAGUGGGUCUGCCCAUCUGAGCUCUGGGAAGAAGCAAGAGAAGAAAUGAUCAGGUCCAAACAACGUAUGAAGAUAGCUUAUGACAACCAUAGGCACAACCAAACCAAAUACACUGUGGGUGAGGUGGUAGUCAUGACCAGGGUGCCGGUGUCAACAGGUGAAUCCACCAAGCUGCAAGAGCGUUAUCGUGGGCCUUUGGUAGUAACAGAGGUUUUAUCCAAUGAUAUCUACCGAGUAGCGCAGCUUGCAGAGGAUACCAGACGAUGCUUUGCAACUACAGCGCAUGUGUCUCAAUUAAAAUCAUGGAAGAUUGGGAAGGAAGAACUAGAUGUAAGUGAAGAAGGGAUGACAACAAGUGGAGAACUGUCAAUGGAAGCUGAAGACAUACCAGACGAAGCUGGAACAAUAACUGGACAUAACGAGGAGGAGUCAACAGAUGUGAGGAGGUCUGGACGAGUAAGGAGGAAGCCUGUAAGACUUCAUUACUAUGACUCGCAAUGA